UUAUAUACACAUAAGUGUGUGUGUGUGUGUAUAUAUAAUAUAUAUAUAUAUAUAUAUAUAUAUAUAUAUAUAUAUAUAUCUACUUAUCUACGUAGAAAGAUAUAACAACCGCUGAUCGUCAUCUCGCAGAUUCCUCGUAAAAUAAACUCGCUCGAGAAAGAGAAAGAGCAUACCCUCUACCUAUCUAUCUACCUGUGUGAAUGAAUUUUCCAACUAUACUGGCCUGUCGAAGAAUAAUUAUGUUUUAAUAUUAUUUGAAAAUUUUAUGAAAGAAUUAUAUGAGAAAAGAGAAAAGUGACGUCAUUGUAGCGGGAAAUUCAAGAUUUCGAUAGCGUCGUUUUAGGAGGGAAAUUGAGAGGAGAGAAGGAGGGUGAAGUGUGCGUGUCUCUCUCUCUCUCUCUCUCUCUCUCUCUCUCUCUCUCGCUUUCUCUCUGGGGUGCCAGCCAGUUUCGUGAUACGAAGCAGCGUGGAUCGAUAGCGUGAGCUCCUUCGAGUCCUCUCGGGCUAGCGAUUCCUGGAGGAUUCGAAGGAGAGAACCGAAGCACUUGGUGAGCGUAUAUGUGUAUGUAUGUGUGUACGUGUAUGUCUAUGUGUAUGUGUAUAUGUGCGAGACCUGCAGAGGGUUUCGACCUGCCGCCAUCGACGUCGCCAUCGUGUCGUGCCGGUACGCCGCCCUUGCACCGCCCCAGGGACGACUACCACCUUUUGUCGUUCCUUUCUCGUCCCUUUUUGGUAGCUCGAGUGGACGAGAAAGAGAGAGAAAGAAAGAGAGGAAGAGAGAGAGGAAGAGAGAGAGAGAGAGAGAGAGAGAGAGAGAGAGAGAGAGAGAGAGAGAGAGAGAGAAGAAAAUUUGAGGCCUUGUCGACGAUGACGAUGACUACGACGUCGACGAGACUGGCUGCUCACCAGCUGCUGUUCUCGGGGCUCCUUGGAAAAUCAACGAACGCAGCUGCUUCCGUCGAAGUCGAUAGAACGAAGUCUCCUCGACGAAUUCGAAAUUCGAGAGAUCCUUUCAACUCAAAUCUCCUUCCUUUCCAAUUCGAUUCUUCGUGCUGGUUAAUACGUGGAGACCCUCGAAUUCUCGAGACGGGCUACGCUUUUGCUUUUUGUCGGCUCUCGAGUCCACCACCGCACCACGGACCGAGUUUAAAGGUAAACGAGUUUCUCUCGGCUGUUCAAGCGCGCCACAUCAUCGAAAGGCCCAACCUCUUAUGCUGCUUGGGCCUGCGUUUAUAUAUAUAUAUAGACAUAUAUAUACAUAUACGUACGUAUAUAUAUAUAUAUAUAUAUAUAUGUAUGUAUAUGUAUAUGUAUAUGUAUAUACAGCAUAGUUACAUAGCGUGCUCACCUCGUGGCCUGAACUGCUCCACACGCACCGUGACAACGGGGCCUCGAUAUUCCGGUUACCUUCGCUUCGGCUUUACCGGCUGUUACUUUAAAUUUAUAUUAACGCGUUCCUUCCUACCAGGAGACAUUCGAGAAUGGUAUUGAACGCUCCGAAUGAAAUCGGAAGUCGAUGAGAAUCUUAAUAAAAUUUUACAUUCUUAUAUAUAUAUGUAUAUAUAUAUAAAAGAAAAAGGACAAAGAAAAGAAUCGUAAUUCAUUUGUUAUUUUAAUUAAAAGAUUUGUAAUGAAUAAUUAUUUUAGAAUUUCUAAUCGAUCAGUUCCCUUGAUAGUAGAGACUUUAUAAAUCAGUUACGUUUCGCAGGAACAGUUAUCGCUUUGGUAAGCGUUCCGGCGCGAAACUCGUUUCGAAACGCGUUAUCGAGGCAAGUGAAAACGGUCGGCGUUAGUUGUUGCGCGUCUCUCGCGGCAUUCGGCUUAAAUACAAAUUUCUACGUAAAUCGAUAGGAUCGUCGAGGAAAUGAAAUGGUAACGAGAAGAGCGUUGGUGUGCUUUGUCGAGAGUAGCCGAACGAACGAACGAACGAACGAACGAACGAACGAAGGAGCCAAUCGAUAUAUUGCAACGAUCGAUGUUUCGUAGUUUCGUGCUUCUAUAAACGAUGAUCGACUACCGUAGAAACGUCCUCCUUUUCGAUUACAGAAUGCUGGGAAAUCCUGAGUGAAGGUAGAAAAAUGAAAAGAAAUCGAUACGAACUUUCUUUCAUACGUAUUCCUUUGUUGUGUUAGUUGUAUCAAAAGAGAAAAAGAGAGUGAGUGAAUGAGUGAGUGAGUGAGUGAAUGAGAGUGAGAGAGUGAGAGAGAGAGAGAGAGAGAGAGAGAGAGAGAGGGAGGGAGAGGGAGAGAGAGAGAGAGAAAUUUGAAAAGACGAAUUUUUUGUUGGUUUCGAAAGCCAAUAUUAUUCGAUCCUCACAGGACGACUCGAAAAUCGUUGCGAUUGGUUGGCGUUCUCCGAAAGUACUUUUUCGUCUUUGUGCGGUCCAUGGCCCGUACAAAAGCAGUAGAAAGAGAGAGAGAAAGAAAGGUGGGCCCGAAGCAACGGGGCCUGGAUAUUCCGGUUCACUUAAUCGUUUUCUUGGAUUUCGGAUCGUGGCCUCUCUGCGGUCGACAAAGUUGUAUAAGAUUCGUUGGGAGACUUCGAGAGACCGUAUCCAAAUCAUUGUGCUUCCUGGCUAAGAGAUCAUCUCUUAUAAAUCAAAAAUGCAACUUUCCUCGGUUUUCUUUCAUUCUCAUAAAUCAAAAUGACGUUGACUUUAAAAGAAUAAAAGAAUCAUCGCCUUGUUUUUCUUAAUCAUUCGGCCGAACCUAUAACUGAGAGAUAAAAAAUUUAUAACAAUCAUAUCAAUGAUAAAAUGAUUUUAAAUCGAAUAUUACACAUAAGUAGGUUGAUAUUAUUACCACUAUUUACUGGAUCAAUUGAGUGAAGCUCUAGCGACUAUGCUAUAAAUUUAUCUCGAAUAUGUCGUAGCCUUUAUGCCGAAACCUACUGAAAUCCUUUAUAGACGGGUGUACACGUACAAUGUACGUACAUAUAUACGCACGUAAAAUAAACCGUGUCCCGGCAAACGAUAACUCGUUCUACAAUCUGAAAUAUCGAUCACGACCGGUCGAGAAAAGAGUGAACGAAACACGUGAGUCAACAUCGUCGAAGGCGGUAAUGUGCAUUAUUUUAAAUAAAAGAAAGUAUUGUCUCAUGACCUACGUGAGUGGAAGUCGAAAAUUUAAAUUACAAAUUUACGAUCGCCGUCCUUUUUUUCUUCUUUCUUUCCUUUUUUUCUUCUCAUUUUUCUAAAAUGUCAAUCAUAUAAAUCUUCUUUCACAAUGAAUUUUCUAUAAUUUAUACUUUAUCGCAAAUUUAAUAGGAUAUCGCACACCAUAUCGCGAUAUGGCGCCUGCUCGACACGAGAUACGAAAUAAUUGAAAAAUAUCAUAUGUAGAAUACAAACAUGUGUUGUAUGUAUUGUAUGUAUGUAUGUAUGUAUGUAUGU